AUGACGAAUCGGAGUUCCACCAAGCACAAGGACAUCGACGACAGUGCAUUGUUGGUUCACGUUGACAUUGAGCAAGUUGACAACAGUACAUUGGUGUCAAAGCAUGUUGACAUUGAGCAAGUUGCUGUUGAACAAGUUGACAUUGAGCAAUCACAAGAAGCGUUGUUGGUCAGUAGUUCCCCGGGUUUUGGGGUUUUGGAUUCGGGCUGUGGUCGCUCGAUCAUUGGAGAACGAACCCUCCAGUCCUUCGAGCAACUGUGGAGGGACCGAAACCAGAAGAUCCCCAGCCGCAUUGCCGAGAAGAACCUCUUCAAAUAUGGCAACGGAGAGCAGGAAGUGUCACAGCAAGCAGUUCAAGUGCCUGUCGUCCUGGGAGGACGAAUGGGCUCCAUCCGAGCUGCUAGUGUGAAAGGAGACGCACCGCUCCUGAUCUCCAGAGCGGCCCUCCAGAAGCUGAAUGCUGUGAUCAACUUCUCGGAUAGCACCAUGACGCUGUUCACCGAUCAACGAAAGAUCCCCCUGCAGACCAAUGAAGCUGGUCAGUUUGUGGUGCGCCUGAUCGAUGAUAGUGCACCCAUCACUGAUCCACCGGAAGAGUUCCAGGAAGUCAUGCUGGCUGAUGAACAGACAGUUCAAUCCACCGAGUCCGCCAAGGCCUCCAUGUCCAUGCCUGAGCCUGCCGAUGAGCUUCCACUGGACACUCGACAAGUGGAUGAGAUGAAAGCACCAGUCCGAGACUCGUCAAAAUAUCAAACCUGGUCCAGGGAAGAUUCCUUUUUGACUCAUGCGGUUCUGCGAACAUUGCCCAGCUACCGACAAGCCUCCGAGAGUUUGCAAGUGCCAUGUGAUGCCAUCCCGUCACAGGCCAUCCAAGAAGUGAUGAUGGUCAAGGAAGUGGUCAUGGAUUCGGCCCAGACGAACUUAGGCGAGCCCUUGCAAAGAUACCUGGAACAUCUAGCACAGUCCGAUGCAGAGCAUGUGACUGGAGUGCCUGAGAGCGAUCAAGUCCAAGACUCUCCAAUGCCGGCAGUGAAGUCCGCUGAACAGACCAAGGGUCAUGAUGAGGCAUCGGAAGAUCCCACCCUCAUUGACAAGUCUCCCAUGACCCCAGAACAUGCAAAAGUCCAUGAAGACCCCACUGAUGUCAUCAUGCAGCAACCCUCAUCUGCCAGUGGAUCUUCGUCGAGCUCAGGUUUCAAGGCUAACCAGGAGUCUCAGGCCGGAUCGACCUCGUAUCAUUAUGGACCUAUCAGACACCGAGUAGAAGGAAAAUCACAUGGAGCUGCGUUGUAUCGACCAUCUGCCAUGAAGCACGAAGAUUUCGUAGACAUGAUGCGAGAGGUAGUGCCUCGACUCUUGGAUGCCGCACCCACCGGAGAGCAUAAGCGCAGUCCAUCCGAAGCCGAGCUGUCCACGGAGUCACAACCACCAGCUCAAAAGGCUAGACCAGAACCCAGCUCCGAAGUGUUGUCAGUCCAAGAUGUAGGAGAACUGAUGGUCAGCUGGGAUGAUCCCACCGUGGAAAUAGAAAUCAUGAUUGCGCAGUACAUGGAAAAGAAGUUGUCCAAAGAG